AUGCUGCCCCCCUCCGUCAGGCGCUACCUGCGGGACUACCUGAAGCGCAACGGCCUGCUGACGCUGUCGGUGAUGGCCGUGAUCACGGGCUGCGUGCUCGGCUUCAUGCUGCGGGGACAGGCCGUCUCCUCACAGGUGUGUAUCUACUUCUCGUUUCCUGGAGAGCUUCUGAUGCGGAUGCUAAAGAUGCUGAUCCUCCCCCUGAUCACGUCAAGUUUGAUGUCUGGGCUGUCGUCCAUGGAGUCGAAGGCGUGCUGCCGCAUGGGCGUGCUCACGGUGACGUACUACUUAUGGACGACCUUCAUCGCCGUGGUGGUGGGCAUCAUCCUCGUCAUCAUCAUCAAGCCUGGCUCCGGCACGGAGAUGGAGAGUCAUCGCCUGGGCGGCGGACCCGUCAUGACAUCAGCCGACGCUCUGCUGGACCUCGUCAGGAACAUGAUUCCCUCCAACCUUAUAGAGGCCACAUUUCAACAGUAUAAGACCGAUCUGGUUCCGGUGCCCAAGGCGACGCCUGCGAGGACCGCGGCGCCCAACUUGGUGUACAUCGUGCCGGACGAGAGCAACCCCAAGGGCCAGAGUGUGCUGCUGGAGCUCACCCCGCCGCCCGACGUCCUGUACAAGCCCAAACCCGGCAGCAGCCAGCAGAUGAACGUGCUGGGCAUCGUCAUCUUCUCCGCCACCAUGGGUCUGCUGCUGGGCAAGAUGGGGGAGAGAGGGCUGCCGCUCGUAAACGUGUGCCAGUGCAUCAACGAAUGCGUCAUGAAGAUCAUUAAUGCAGCUGUGUGGUACUUCCCGUUUGGCAUCAUCUUCCUGGUGGCCGGUAAGAUCCUGGACAUGAGUGACCCGUCGUCACUGGGCAAGAAGCUGGGCUGGUACGGCAUCACGGUGCUGGCCGGCCUCUUCGUGCACGGGCUCAUCCUGCUCCCCUUCUUCUACUUCAUCCUGACGCGCAAGAACCCCUUCACCUACAUCCGCGGCCUGCUGCAGGCCAUGGUCAUCGCCCUGGCAACCUCCUCCAGCUCGGCGACGCUGCCCAUCACCAUGAAGUGCCUGCUGGAGAACUGUGGGGUGGACCGGCAGAUCGCCCGCUUCGUGCUGCCCGUGGGCGCCACCAUCAACAUGGACGGCACCGCCCUGUACGAGGCCGUCGCCGCCAUCUUCAUCGCGCAGGUCAACGACUACGAGCUGGACUUCGGUCAGCUGGUCACCAUCAGCAUCACCGCAACAGCAGCUAGCAUAGGAGCCGCCGGAAUUCCCCAGGCUGGCCUCGUCACCAUGGUGAUAGUGCUGACAUCCGUUGGCCUUCCUCCCGAUGACAUCACCCUUAUCGUGGCCAUUGACUGGAUUCUCGAUCGCUUUCGGACGAUGAUUAACGUGCUGGGCGACGCCCUGGCUGCAGGAAUCAUCGGACACUUGUGUCGAAAAGACUUCCCACGAGAUGCAGAGAAUGCCAACGGAGAACCUCCGAACUCCCAGAAGCUGCAGGACCUGAACGUGCCGGGCACUGAGGUGCCGCUGCUGGCCAGCAAGGACAGCGUGUACGAGGUGUUCGGGGACACCGUCACGGAGAGGCCAACCGUCUACUACAACAUCUGCCAAGUCUGACCACCGGCCUGCACUCUGACCAGCACAGCGG